AUGGAUGGUUUUACCGGCGGAGAAGCGAAUAGCGGCGAGGCUGUGUCGGCGCCGGAGCCGUCGCGGAAUCCGCAUCCAGCGACGUUGCUUAAUGCAAACGCUUUACCUCCUCCUUUUCUGAGCAAGACGUAUGACAUGGUUGAAGAUCCGGCGACGGAUUCGAUUGUUUCGUGGGGUCCGGCGAAUAAUAGCUUCGUCGUCUGGAAUCCACCGGAGUUUGCUCGUGAUCUUCUUCCGAAAUACUUCAAACACAACAAUUUCUCCAGCUUUGUUCGCCAAUUGAAUACCUAUGGUUUUAGGAAAGUGGAUCCAGAUCGGUGGGAAUUUGCUAAUGAAGGUUUCUUAAGAGGUCAAAAACAUCUCUUAAAGACAAUAAGCCGGAGAAAAUCUGCUCAAGGACAUGGUGGUAGUCAUCCACAAUCUCAGAAAGUGACUCAGGGACAAGGUUCAAUGGCUGUAUCAGUAUCUUCAUGUGUAGAGGUUGGGAAAUUUGGGCUUGAGGAAGAAGUUGAGCAGCUUAAAAGAGACAAGAACGUUUUGAUGCAAGAACUCGUCAAGUUACGUCAACAACAACAAUCAACAGAUAAUCAACUUCAGAGUAUGGUGAAACGUCUUCAAUCUAUGGAGCAAAGACAACAACAGAUUAUGUCUUUCCUUGCCAAAGCUGUCCAAAAUCCGACUUUCCUCUCUCAGUUCUUACAGAAGCAGGUUGAUAAUAGUAUGCAUGUGACCGAGGCUAAUAAGAAGCGGAGACUCAGAGAGGAUGAGAGUAGUAGCCAUAGCUCGGCCGCAUCAGAUGGACAGAUAGUUAAGUAUCAGCCUGUAAGAAGCGAUUCAGCAAAGUCGAUGAUGUGGAAUAUCAUGAACACAGAGGAUGAGUUUCCGUUUCUUGAUGGGUUUUCAUCGCCAAAUCAGGUAUCUGGAGUUACUCUUCAAGAGGUACAGCCUACAACUUCUGGACAGUCACAAGCAUAUGUACUACCCGUACCAUCGGGACAGCCUUCAAAUCCCCUUCCGGACACCGUAAUGCCAGCGGUUUCACAGAUGCCACAAAUGACACGAGAGAGCAUUAGCGACAUUGCUACCGAAAACUACAUGAAUACAGAGACUAAUGUCUCAGAGGCAUUCAUCUCUCCAAAUCCUUUCCUUGACGGUGGUUCAGUCCCGAUUCAGCUUGACGGAAUAGCUGAAGACCCCGAGAUCGAUGAACUGAUGAGUAAUUGUGAUCUCUUGGAAGAGUAUCUAGCACAAAGCCCUGUUCUUGGAGAUGAAACAACACUUGAGAGCAUCAACAACACAAAUGGUGGACGUAUGGAUAAGCUUAUAGAACAGUUGGGUUUACUCACAUCAGAGACAGAGCAACAAUUAUAA